AUGGCAUCUCCACGCAACAUACAGCCGCCGCUCGGCUCCAGCGUGGCCUCUUCGACCAAACCAAUGUCGUUGGCGUCGCGACCCCAGCUCGCCCCGACUUCAUUUGUCGGCACACCCCCUGUAUCCCAGAUUCCUCCCCGGAUCGUGUCCAGCUCUUUUCAACCCCGUUCUUUCACCGACCGCGCCGCUGCGUCUGGUUCUGCUGGUGUGUCUGCCUUUGAGCACCGCUCGUCCGUCGCUGGUCUGGGCGACAAGACGGUGCCAGCAGCACCCUCGAGCAACAUGGCGUCAGCCCUGACAGCGGCCCUCGGCUCGCCCACCAAGAGCACACCGCUCGACAACCUCGAGGUGCCGGGGGAGACGGCAACACCGGACGCAGAGUCCGCAACCCCUCGUCCCGACGAGUCGACCUUCUCCAACGUCGCCGACGUGCCCGACGAGGAGAAGGCCCGUGUCCUGCGGCGCCACCUCGUCUCCGCCGAGGAGCGAGGCUCCGGCUCCAAGACGGGCACACCUGGCCAGAGGACGAGCCCGACUGGAACGCCUGCCGGGGGUAGUAUCGCUGGUGACGCCGUUGCGGCCACUGCUGGCGACAGCUCGAUAUCGUACGGCAGCGCCACAGACCCCGCCAGCAGCGAGGAGCCCUUCCCCAUCCCGUACGAUGCGCCUGGAGGCGAUGUGACACAUGACCUUUACAAGUGGCAACAUGACCACCGUCCUCGGCCCGGCCGCUCGGCUUCAUUCUCGCACGCCGAUCGCUCUGCCAUCAUCGACCCCCAGAUCCAGCAGAUGAAGGAGCCUGGAGGCUUCCGACGCAACUUCCUCACGAGCCGCGCCAACGAGCGCGGCAUCGAAGGCCCGCCAAUGCUUCGCAAUGUGAUCGACUUUCUCUAUCUCUACGGUCACUUUGCCGGUGAAGACCUCGACGAAGAUGAAGAUCUGGAUGACGAGGACGACGAGGACGAGGAACACGCCCACGCGCGUGCCGAGGCCGGCGAGGCUGGCGCGUACGGUCGCAGGGGGUCGCCUGGCCCCAGGUCAAGGGAGGUGACCGAGCGGUCGCCUUUACUCCAGCGCUCCACCAGCAAGACAAGGCGUCGCACAACCGGCGCACCGGGUGGAGGAACCGCCAGUCUCACCCAGGCGGUCCUCAUGCUCCUCAAGGGCUUUGUUGGCACCGGCGUACUCUUUAUGGGCAAGGCGUUCUACAAUGGAGGCCUGCUCUUCUCAACCAUCGUGCUCCUCACCAUUGCGGCCAUCUCGCUCUGGUCCUUCCUCCUCCUCGUCAAGGCGUACAUGCGUGUACCGGGCUCGUUUGGCGACAUUGGCGGCGCGCUCUACGGCCCUUACAUGCGUAUUACCAUCCUCACCUCUAUCACAGUCUCCCAGAUCGGCUUCGUGGCCGCCUACACCAUCUUCAUCGCCGAGAACCUCCAGGCGUUUGUCAUGGCAGUCACCGAUUGCAAGACCUACAUUCCUAUCCGUGUCCUCAUCUUUGCCCAGCUCUUGCUCUUCCUUCCGCUUGCCAUGAUCCGCAACCUCGCAAAGCUCUCGGGCACUGCCCUCGUCGCCGACGCCUUUAUCCUCAUUGGACUGGGCUACAUUGCCUCGUGCGAGGUCGGCACCAUCGCCCACCAGGGUGUGGCCGACGUCAUGAUGUUCAACAAGGACAGCUUCCCUCUCCUCAUCGGAACUGCCGUGUUUGCGUUUGAGGGCAUUGGACUUGUCAUUCCCAUCACCGAGUCGAUGAAGGAGCCGGAAAAGUUCCCUCGCGCUCUCUCUGGCGUCAUGGUCUUCGUUGCCGUCCUGUUUGCCGCAUUCGGUGUCCUCGGCUACGCGGCCUAUGGCAGUGAUGUCCAGACAGUCGUCCUUGUCAACCUCCCCCAGGAGGAGAAGUUUGUCCAAGGUGUCCAGUUCCUCUACUCGAUUGCCAUCCUCCUCUCGAUCCCCCUCCAGCUCUUCCCCGCUGUGCGUAUCAUGGAGACCGGCCUGUUCUCCCGCAGCGGCAAGCACAACCCGCGCGUCAAGUGGCAGAAGAACAUCUUCCGUGGCUGCACUGUCGUCUUCUGCUCCCUCCUCUCGUGGGCUGGCUCGUCCGAGCUCGACAAGUUUGUCUCCCUCGUCGGAUCAUUUGCCUGCAUUCCGCUGUGCUUCAUCUACCCGCCCAUGCUCCACCUCAAGGCGUGCGCUACCACUCGCCGCGCCAAGAUCCUCGACUGCCUUCUCCUCGCAUUCGGCAUCAUCGUCGGCUGCUACACGACCAUCCAGACCGUUCGCAGCCUGUUUGACGGAGGCAGUGGCGAAGCUCCAAAGUUGGGCAAGUUCGAGUCGCACUUGACCAAGGGUUCCUGCGUCAAGCGCGGGUCCAGUUUCGACGAGUCCACCCGCGAAGUGCUGGAGACUGCCUUCGCUCGCUCGCCAUUCCUCAACAAAGCAGAGUGCUCUCUGAUUUCCAAGGCGACAGGCAUUUCCACGCAGCAGGUUCGCACAUGGUUCCAAAACCGACGUAGUCGCUCAGGACGAGUCACGGACGGUGCCAAGUCCGGCCACCGAAGCAGAGCGGAGAAGAGGCGAAAGCCCUCGAGUGCAAAGAAGACAGCAGCGACCGUCGUUCGCUCGAAGAAGGGCCGUCCCCAAUCAGUUGAUUUGGGCGUGCAUACGCCGCCAAUUGCAGAGACUGUUGCAGUCGCGCCUAGGCUCUGCGGCCCCACCUCCGACUCAUACACGACAUUCGCUACGCCUUCACUGCACGACACAGCCCAUAUUUCACCGACAGACCGCACGCUCGAGGGGGAUCUCGCCAAAGACUGCAACCUUGCCCGACUUCCUGGAGAAACAGCAAUGAUGUCUACUCUCCGCGUCGAAUUGACAACAGCCUUGGGCGACAUUCACUCCUCCUACUAG